AUGGAAGCUGAGGUACAAGACUCAUUAUUCUUGUUUGUUAAUAUUUAUGCUCCCAACAAGGUUCAAGAUCGUUGCCGUUUUUUUGAAAAUUUAAAUAAAAACAUUGAACAUUUCGCUGUUAACAAAGAGCAUAGGAUAAUUGUAGGGGGAGAUUUCAAUGUCACACUGGACUCCGAUCUUGAUUGUUCCGGUGGAAAACCUUUUAAGAAAGAGUUCAAAUACAAGACUUUUGUCUCGAUUUCGACUUAGUAGAUAUUUGGCGAAUUCGAAAUCCGGAAUGUAAACGUUUUACGUGGAGGCAAAAAAAUCCUUUCAUUCAGAGAAGACUUGACUAUUGGCUAAUCAAUGAUUCUUCCCAGGAUGAUAUUGAGAAAUCUGAUAUCAUUCCUUCGAUUAAUUCAGACCACUCGGCAAUUUUUCUUCAUCUUAAUAGUUUAGACAAACCGGAAUACGGUCCCUCCUUUUGGAAAUUUAAUGCCAGUCUCAUCGACGAUGAUGAUUUUGUCACAUUGAUAAACGAAAGUGUGCCUAUGUGGUUAAAGGAAUUCGAAGAAGUUACAGAUAAAAGACUGUUG